AGGCAGUCCAAAAACAACUCUCAUGCAUGCUCAGAUUUCUGAUUGGCCGUCCUCGGCUUCUUCACAGAAAUGAUGUUUACGUUAAAUAUAGCAUGACUGACAUAUGGCAAAUGUUCAAAAGUAACGAUCUCAAGAAUAGCCUCUUUCCAGCAGGUUGAGCUACUGGCAAAGAUUGGAAAUCGUUCUUCAUCUUCCGUCUGCGUUGCCUCCAGGUGUGUGAUGACGUCAUCACAACCCAUGUAAGUGGAUCAAUCAAUCAUUGACACCUGCCAUGCAAGUACAGUACCUUACAUGGAUUGUGAGGCGCAUAAGUCUACACACCCCUGUUCAAAAGCCUUUUAUUACUGAUAUGUGAAAUUGGAAGGUGAAAAAUGGAUUUGUUGCAUUUUUCAAUAAGCCUGUAACUUAACCAAAUUGCGGUGAAGCGCUGUGAAUGCUUUCCCGAUGCACCAUAAAGAGAAAAAAAAACUUAGACCGCUGUUGAUGUUCUCAUGAGUGGCUUAAGAAAAAUACAUAUUGCUCUUGUUAUUUAUCUGACUUGAUGCUCCAAUAAAAGUCAAGUAGCAUCUUCCAUUUCUUCCUUUGUGGAAGGUCCACUCGCUGCAGCCUGGCUUGUGACACACACACACACACGUACGGACGCACGCAGAUCGGCAUCCUAACACCUCCCACUUGACAAGCUGUCUCCUAGUUACAAGCGGACAAGUGCUCUGUUGCUGCUGCUGCUGCUGCGGUUGCUGGUGAUGAUGCGGGUUCCACUUACGAUCCUACGUGGACGUGAGCUGAGUGAAAUUGGCGACUGGUGAAGUUUGGUGCUUGCAUUCUGAACAGAACAGACGGCAAAGUCAUCGUCCAAAGCAAAGUUGCCGUUUUGCCAACAUGGAGGCGGCGGUGGAGAACACCAGCGCCCCGUUCCAGGAUUUUCCUCUACUCCUACUGAACGUCACCAACACGACAGCGGCGGAUGACGGGACGGGACCUGGCGUUGGGGGCGUCCUGAUCCCUCUCGUCUACGUGAUCGUGUGCGUGAUCGGUCUGGGCGGGAACACGCUGGUCAUCCACAUUGUGUUGCAUCACUCCAAGAUGGAGUCGGUGACCAACAUAUACAUCCUCAACCUGGCUAUUGCCGACGAGCUCUUCAUGCUGGGCCUUCCCUUCCUGGCCGUGCAGAACUCGCUGCAGAUGUGGCCAUUUGGGUCCUUCAUGUGCCGCCUAGUGAUGACGGUGGACUCCAUCAACCAGUUCACCAGCAUCUUCUGCCUGACCGUCAUGAGCGUGGACCGCUAUCUGGCGGUGGGCCACCCCGUCCGCUCGGCCCGCUGGCGACGCCCCCGCAUUGCCAAGCUGGUCAACGGCACCGUGUGGGCGUUGUCCUUCUUGGUGGUCCUGCCGGUCGUGGUCUUUGCCAACAUCCAGAAGACGGGCGGCGACUGCAACAUCCUGUGGCCGGCGCCCGCCAAGGUGUGGAGGACGGCGUUCAUCGUCUACACCUCCACUGUGGGCUUCCUGUGCCCGCUGCUCAUCAUUUGCCUCUGCUACGUGCUCAUCGUCUUCAAGGUGCGCAGCUCGGCCAAGAAGGUCCACACAGCCUCGACCAAGCGCCGCAAGUCGGAGCGCAAGGUGACGCGCAUGGUGGUGAUCGUUGUGGCCGUCUUCGUCUUGUGCUGGUUGCCCUUCUACGCGCUGAACGUGCUCAACCUGCUGGUGGCGCUGCCCCCCGAAUAUCAGGGCCUAUACUACUUCGUGGUGGUGCUGGGCUACGCCAACAGCUGCGCCAACCCGGUGGUGUACGGCUUCAUGUCGGACAACUUCAAGAGGGGCUUCCGCAAAGCCCUCUGCCGCGCCACCCGCAAAGUGGAGGACCACCACGCCAUCCAGCCCCAGCCGCCAAAGGAGGGCGGCAGGCAGGCACCGGUGCCCAGAGAGAGCCUGAGGCGAGGACUCCACCAAGACGACGACAUCUCAGAAAUGACGCGAGCCUUGAGAAUGGAGCAAAACGGAAUGGCAGGAUGCUCGUCGCUGGGUCUGGAGCCUUUAUUGACGGAGCACGAGGGGCCGGAGCAGUCUCCCCAAGGACAAAUGCUGUCUGGUGGGAAGGACGCUGGUGGACUUGAGAACGCAAAGACCUCCCUAGCGAUACCUUUGCUCGGAAAUGAAGCAAACGGGACUGCAAAAACCAUGCCUGAUGACAAUGUGGUGCACAGCGCCUCUUUGGAAAUAUAGGCUACUUGUAAUAUGAAGACGGAGCAAUGCAGUCAACAUGUUUUGUCAAUAAGUGUUCUGACUUUACCUGGCGACCAGUCCUGUUCAUCUAUAUGUGCCCUGAUAUUAAUUGUCCAUUGGAAGUCGACAGUAUAAGUGAUCUGACUUUGGCUGAAAACCAGUUCUUGUUUCUCUAAGUGUCCUGAAAUGGACUUGCGACCACUCGAUUGUUUGUUUAUAUGUGCGCAGAGAUUGACUGGCGACCAGUACAUCGUUUGUAAGUGUCCUUACCGGGAUUGACAACCAGUCCUUUGUUUUUCUACAUGAAACCUAAUAUUGUCGGCCAACCAUUUCAUUCUUUGUCGAGAUGUACCGUGCCACUGGCUGGCGACCAGUUCAGGGUGUACAAGGUUACUUCCGGUCACUGCUUGACACACUUGGCUUGACACAUGACAUGUUGACUUUUCAGAACAUGAAAAGUAUUUGUAAUAGAUGGUCUUAUUCAGGUGUCCUCUGAUCUGAGUUGAAAACCUGUAAGAGGAUUUCAUCCACGUUCGGAUGUUGGACGUGAUGGACGGGCUCAUUGUGAUUCAUCCUUUUUUUUUGGUUCUGAGUCAUUUCAGUGACAAUAUGCACUCUUGUGCUAUUCUCUUACACCAACUAAUUACUGUAACUGUGUAUGCGUGUGUGUGUGUGAGUGCGUGGUGUGUUAUUGUGUUGGAACCUCUUGAUUAUGCUGCAGACUCACCGGUCGAUUGCCACUCAUGUGAAGUGUUGAUUGAAAUUCUGGAGUCUUUCCCAAUAAAUCUGAUUGCUUCUGUUAAUGCAUGCCAGCUGCAACGGACGACCUUUUGCUGGGUUUUGGAACAUUUGUUUGUUUGUUCAGUUGGACAAAUAGAUAUUGUAGCCUGAGUGGGCCGUGAUAAUUUUAUGAAUGAUUUUUUUCUUGAAUAUUUCUACAUGUGUACAAUAUCCAUUGUGAAAUUGCUCAUUUGAAUAAUAAUGGAGAAAACAAAAUAAAACAAUUCAUUUUAA